AUGGCACCAAAUUUUUUUACCAAAUUUUUCAAACGCAGGAAAAAAGAGCCCAAGUUCAAAUUGAGAGAUUGUUCCCCAAACGCAAUAGGAAUCUCAGAUUCCACCUGUGAGAUCAAUGGCGAUAUAUUCAAUCGAUGGAAACUGCCGAUCCAGCCAGAAAAAGGCCUAUGUAAGCUUGGCGCUCGAAAGUGCAGCUCUCAACAGCAGUGUUCCUUCUUUCGUCUACCGGCUGAGAUAAGGAGGUUGGUAUACAUUGAGCUUAUGGGUGGUCGGCGAGUGCACAUCCGAUAUUUCUGGAUGGAGCCGUUGCCAUCUUGGCUGCGGUCGAAACGAGGAGGACCUCGCUGGCACUGGUGGCAUCGUGUCUGUAUGGAAUGUGAUGACUUCAUCAACGACCCUUGUGAUGACCCUUGUUCACAUUGGCACCCUGAGUCGCAAAGGCCGACAAUUGGCGGGGAGUGGUUGAGAUGCUGCCAAAUCGGAUACGAAGAAGCUUUAGAUGUUCUCUAUGGGACAAAUACCUUUGUGAUGGACAAUGCUAUGGAUACUCCUUUUCUUAUAUCAAGGCUUUUGGCACCGCGAUGUGCCUCUUUUAUGACGUCUAUGGAAAUCUCGUUUGCUGUUAAUAUAUGCAAAGCUGGGCCAGACGAGGAUGAUUGGAUGACAACGUAUGCCGCGUUCUUCGGAUUGUUCGAGCAGAGUUUCCGUGGUGUACAUCGGCUACGCCUACAACUUAAAAUGCCACCGAGCGAAAUUGGCGAGAUCUUCUUUGACGACGAGAGGCUGAGGACGUUCCUUAAGCCGUUUGACAGACUAUCAAAGGGUCGAGAGUGGACAAGACUGCAGCUUUGCGUUCCGGAUUACUAUUUCCAAAGAAUCAAACAAAUAAAGCCUGGUCAAGAUAGGUGGGAGCUUACAGAUACUAUGUGGUGUGACCAAUCAUUGUAUCCUGUAUGCCUUGCGUUUGGUUUGUAG